UCAUUACGAAAUUGCAGUGGUAAACAAGGAAACGGCAGUAAGAUGUUGCCUAGGAAUUUAUUCAUGCUGAUUUUCGGCGCUGUGCUAUUGGUAACAAUUGUUAUGAUUCAAGCUCAGCCGACUGAGGUGCCAGCAACUCUAGGUCCAUCAGGUAUUUUACCACCGACCAAGAGGCCACCUCCAACAAGGAGACCCCCACCAACCAGGGGACCAACUCCAACUAGAAGACCCCCACCAACCAGGGGACCAACUCCAACUAGAAGACCUCCACCAACCAGGCGACCAACUCCAACAAGGAGACCAACACCAACUAGAAGGCCAACGAGGAAGCCACGAGAUACAAAACCUACGGGACCCCAUUCAUGUCCUAAGAAACUUCAAAAAUGUACCACUGCCGGUCCAUCAUUAUGUGUGCGUAGUCGAAAUGGAAAGCUCUGUCGACGCGUGGCUAAUAAGUGUACAUUACGCAAUCUGAACUGUCAAACUAGGCCACGUAAUAACUGGUCCGUUACGACAGGAAAGCGUUGCGCUAAACUUAAAGUCGGUGGACGUGCUGCGAAAUGUAAAGGCUAAUAGUGAAUGAUUGAUAAUCGGUAUUGAGCGUGUAG